UUGUUUCCUACUAUCAGAGGACCAAGGAGGUGUAUACACUUCUAUUUAUUGUUCUAUCUCUCUUUACAAGUUUCAUUGACUUCAAUCACUUUACUCGUGGUCAGCGUGGUCUUCUUUUCUUUCCUGAAGGAAUUCUAUGUUCUGUUUCUCUUCGCCGAGUUCUCGGUUAUAAAUAAAAGUAGCUUACUUCUUUGUCGAUCUUAUGUUCAAGAAAUGAGCAGCAGUGAAGACAGUGAUGCCGGACCAAAACGUAAGAGGAAAGUGCGACAAUUGGAAGACAGUCCAAGUGCAAGUACAUCCAGCGGUAGUCCAAUUUUAGCCAAUUCUUCCCAUUCCCAGAGAGUCAAGAGGAAGUCCAAAAGAUACAGGAUAGAUUCUAGUGAGGACAGUGAUGGCAGUCCCAUACUUACUAACUCUAGGAAAAGGAUGAGGAGAGUCAGCAGUGGUAGUGAAUCAGACAGUUCUUCUGAUGGUUCAGAUAUAGCACAGACUCGUCAUGGAAGGUCCAGGCAAUUAAUGUCAGAUUCGGAAAGUAGUCAGUGGGAAACAGAUUUUUCUGACCAAGAAGACAGUAAGGCGCCUAAAAAUGAUACACAGGCGAAAACUAAACUGGACUCUGACUCAGAGCUUAGCGAUGGGCAAUCUGAAAAAUGUCCUAUCUGCCUGGUGUCAUUUAAAUUACAGGAAAUUGGUACUCCUGAAUCUUGUGACCACACAUUUUGUCUGGAAUGUAUUCAAGAAUGGUCUAAAAAUAUGAAUACUUGUCCUGUUGAUAGGCAGGAAUAUAGGUUGAUUUUGGUACGAGACCAUCUAAAUGGCAAAGUUACCAGACAGAUCCCAGUAGAGCAUACUGUACUUUCAAAUGGAAUCGAAUUAGUAGAUGAUCUAACUUACUGUGAAAUAUGCGGUUCUGGAGAUAAUGAAGACAGAAUGCUACUUUGUGAUGGAUGUGAUCUUGGUUUCCAUUUGUACUGUUUGACACCUCCUCUCACAGAUGUUCCCGCUGGCUACUGGUAUUGCAAUGGAUGCACAUACGAAGAAGAUUUGUUGGAGCUUUCAGAUGAACUUAUAGAACUGGAACAUCUGGAUUUUUUUAGAAGAAGAACAAGAGCUUCAUCGGCGCCGAGAACACCUAGAAUAAUGCCACGUACCAGACAAACAGAACGAAUCAGACGGCGAGUCGAAACCAACCGAUAUCAGUCGUCAGCAAGUCAACCACUUAGAGAAAAUUCCAGCAACAGUAACCAAGUAACAACCAGAGAAAAUUCCAACCGCAGCAACAGAGUAACAAGCACUACUACCUCAAGAACCCGCCGAAGAAGACGAAGAAAAGUUAAAGUCAGAACAGUUUAUGUAAUAGACGAAGUAACUGGUGAAACCGUGGCAGUACAAAAACGUAUGAAAAGGAAAAGCAGAAAGAAAUCCAGAAAAUCCGUACCGAAACCCAAAACAGUUAAGACACGGUUAGCACAGCAGCUUGGCAUGUGCGGUCCUAGAAGUGUACCUCAGAAUUUACCAGAUGUUAAAAUUCCAAACAGAGCAAGCACAGCUUCUUCGAAUAUUAGUGGUAUCAGAUAUAGCGCCGGAAUACCGACAUUGGAUCUAUUCGGACAUAAUGACGAUUUAGACUAUUUUACUGACGAAGAAAACUACAGCGUAGGUUCGCAGUUUUUAACCCGCAGAGCUCCAACUCGGUCCGACGCGGCUACAAUGCGUCGUACGAUUAGGCAAAAGAACGUACUAGUACCUGAAGUUGUCAGCAGUACUUCAGACUUGCUAGACAGCAUUUUAACAUCCCAAGAACAACUCUACGCGAGAAAUGCUUCGUAUUCUAUAGAUUCGACAGGAAAGUUCAAGAUCGAGGCUAAGUCGAAAUCUAACAAUUACAUUGAUGUUACAAAAGAACAAGUUAAAGGAAAAGAAACGCCUUACUAUAACCCUAACAGGAAUCGUUAUAACCAAAAUCAGAAUUACAGACCUUAUAAUCGCUACCAACGACCAGGGAACAAUUACUACAAUAGUAAUAAUCAAAAUAAUUAUUACAAUGCUGAAGCAUCUUCAUCUAUGAAUUAUUCAAACAAUUUUUCGAAUGACGGCCAAGACAAUGAUUUUCCUCAAGACUAUUCGAGGAGAACGUUAUGUGCUACCUCUGAACCCAACGCGGAAGAAAAAGAAGAAGAACAGGAAGAGUCGAAUCAAAACGAUGAAUCCGAGUUGGAUAUCUACAGCGACAUUGAAACUGUUACUACAUCAAAAGCCGAAGACCGUUCUUCAUAUAGACCACUUUCUCCACCACCUAUGCCAAACAUUUCUGGGAUGAUGGAGGAUGAAAAUAACGAUAGUGAAAAUGAUAUGGUCAUCGAUGAUGAAAAAUUACAAGAACAAGAAAAUCAAAAUGAAUACGGAAAAGAAGAAACCACUGUAACUUCAACAGUAGGUAGUAAUCAGGAGAUGGAACCUGAAAUGGACACUUUUUCUCCAACGGUUCCAACUGCAUCAAAUGAAAUACAAUCAGGUGCUGUACAAUCAUCAUCGUUAGAGAAUAUAAGUAAGUCUUAUCAAUAUUACAAUGAUGAUGAUUCCGAUGAUGGAUGUCCAAAUGCAAAUAUUUAUUCUAGAGAAUCCACGAAACCUCCACAAGAAGAAGAUCCCGACUCUGAUGAUGGUUGUCCAAACUUUAGUAUCUAUUCUAAAGAGAGUAAGACAAUGGCACUGUAUAGUGGAAUAACUCUAGGGCCAGAAAUAUCUACCCCUCUAGAUUAUCAAGUUGGAGAAAUAAGUUCUUCUCCUCAAAAGCAAGAAAGCGAACUAGGGUCAGGAGCAACUAGCGAACCUUUAAAUUCAGAUCAACUAUAUGACCCUGAACAAAUAUUUGACGAACCUGAGGAGAACGGAGACCAGUUGUCUCAGAAAAUGGACGAGAUGUCAGUACAACAAACUAAUGAGAAUCCCGAAGAAAGUGACUCACACUUACCUCAAGAACUAUCACAAAUUUACGACCCUGAAAAAGACACUGCUUCUCCGAUUCAUGAUUCUUCUCAAGCUGGAGAUUCUUCAGUUCUAGAUCAUACUUACGAUCCUGAGAACUGCAUCCGUUCAGAAGAGACGUUAAAUACAGAUGCCGAAAAAACGCUUGAUCUCGAUCAAGGUUAUGAUCCUGAGAAUAUUUAUGAAGAAAACAGUAAUUCCAAUGAAAAAGAUGUUGAUAUUGAAAAAGCAAUUUAUCAGUUUAAUUCACAAAAUGCUGAUACUAGUGGAAUUAGUACAGGGGAUCGGUACGACCCAGCCCUUCCUUUCGAUGAUGAUGCAGAUGCAGAUUCAAAGCGAGAUAGUGAUAAUGACACACAAAAUGAAGGAAAUACAACUGUUAUCCCAAAUAAUGAGAUAGUAACAAAUCAGCCUCAAAGCGAUAAGAAAUCUAAAAGUGCUAAGUCCAAAAGGAAAAGCAAGUCAAAAGGUAAUACGCUUUAUAGUGAUUCUGAAGAUGACGAAAACAUUGUUAAGAAAGGAGCUAACUCGUUUGGCGUGACAGAUAUAAAUGAAAUGACUGAAGAUAUUAGUGAAGAAGAAAGAAGUUACACACCUUGUUUGGAUGAAAAAUCUCAAAAACAAGGUUUGGAAGGAUUAGAGACAGAAUUAAUUUCAGAUGAAGAUAGAAAUGAUUUUGAUGAAGCUCAGGAAUUAAAAACUGUGUCCGAUGGUGAUGCUUUGGAAAUUAACGCUAAAGAAUCGGAGUUGGAUUUAGCUCGACCAGAAGAUUAUGAAGAAGGGGAAAUAGUAGAUAAAAAUAAAGAUAAAGAUGUUCCCAAUGAAGAACCGGAAGUAGAGAGCGAGGCAGAAAAAUCCCCGAAAGAAGCUACUCCAGAGUUAAAGACAACUGAAAGAAAAAAGAAAGAUGCAAGCAAAUCGCCUGCAGUUGACAAGGGGGGAAAUAAAGAAAACGAGGAAAGCGGUAAAGAUGCGUCAUUUAAAAGAUUAAGUAAAAGCAGUAAGGGGCGUAAUUAUAGAGAUAAAGAAAAACGGCCUUCUGAUUCGAGGAACAGAUCGCGAACGCCCGAUCGUGAAUACAACAAAAAGGAAAAGAGGAGAGAAAAGCGCAAGGAACUUGAAAGAUACAAUGUUAGAGCUAUAAUAGCGGAUAAACCUCGUCCUUUGAUAGCGAAAGAUCAAUUUGGAAGGGAUAUUCGAAACACUCCUAGCAGGUCAAGAAGUAGAUCCUAUACUCCGCCCCCGCGAAGUGCUUCACGACCAGUCAGAUCACCUUCAAAGACGAUACGCAGAUCACCUUCGAGAUCACGUCGAUCAUUAUCUAAGCGCAAGUCGCCGUCAAAAGAAAGAUCUCGAAAAACAAGAAAAGCCAGAAGUUACAGAUCUGGGAGUCGCUCUAGAUCUCCAGGUAAAAAAAGGGACGCGCAAAAACCCAAGAAAAGAAAACGUUCAACUAGUAGGUUUAGAAAGAGGAAACCUGAUGGUAGGUCCAAAAAGAGAAGGCCUGGAAGUAGAAAUAGGCGACGGUCUAGAACUCCUGUAAGGAGAGCUAGGGAGCGUGUAGAUUGGACACCCAUGUCACAACCACAUGCUUCUCCUUCUUGGACACCACCAAGAUUGAUGGAAAAUCCGCAGAUACUAAGAAAUGAUUUAACAGUUACAGUAAACAAUGCCGCCAAAAAGAAAAAAGAUAAGAGGAAGAAAGAUAGGCGUAACAGAGGAGACACUUUAGAAAGCAGACAGAGAAAGAGACGUCACGAAAGAGAACGUACGCCGCCUCCUUCGAAAGAAGUCUUCGCAUCAGGUGACAACAUUUUAGUCAGCGUGAGUUUUAAUAAUGAAAAUGAAAGAAGGGAUGUAACGACAAGAGAUAAAAGAAAUAAUGUUGAAGGAGCCAAGAAACGUAAAAAGAAGAGGACCAGAAAAGAUUUGACAGGUGUGAAGCCCAUAGCUAUUAUCGACUUAGCAAAAUCGCCGUUUAGGGAAUUAACACCUUCUCCAAAACAAGUAAUAAUUCUCACUGACAGUGAUAACGAUGAAAACGUAAUGAUGAGAAACGGUCAAGGUGGUAUUUGCGAUUCAUCGCAACAAGUAGCUAGUCCUGAAAGAGGUAUUGGUCCUAAAACACCACCAGAACCGCAGGUUAAAUUUUCUCUGGCUGCUAAGCCACCUCAAAUACGUGCAAUAAACAAUCCUCUACAUGAUCCUGAGGAUAUAGAAACCAAUGUUCAAAAGGAAAUGGGCUCCAGAAUAAGCCCUGGGGUUCACAAAGGCCCAAAUACUCCUCCAGAACCACCAAACUCACCGCCUAGUUCGCCAGAUGCUUAUGAUCCAUUCGAACCUACCAAAUCGAGAUCUCCAACACCUGAACCACAACUACUGGGCAUUAAAGAUUCCCACGAAAGUAUCGAUAGCAGAGCAGCUAUUGAUCUGUUGGAGAAAUCUAUGAACCCGAUGCCAGAGACUAUUAAGUCUCUUACUCCGCCUCUGGCAGAUAUACAACCCGCGGAUUCGCAGAGUAGCGUCCAAAUAAUUACUCCUGAUUCUAAUCUUGGAAAAUCUCCUGAACGACCACAAAUCCAAACGGUUCAACAGCCGUCUAAACCCGUUGCCCAAACUAUACCAUUCUCUUCUGUACCAACUCCAAUAAUUUUGGCUACUCCUUCUGUUGCUACUAUCCCUACUAGAAUUAAUAUUCUUAAUACUACAGUCAUUUCUCCACCAGUAGCAUCACCAAUACCUCAACGAAUAGUUUUACCCAACAUAAUUAAGUCAGGCAUCGUGAAGAUAUCUCCCACCAAGCCCACUGUGAAAACAAAUCCCAUCAAACCGAUACAAAAGACGACCAAAUCAACUAGGAAGAGAACCACGAAUGGCAGCCUCGAUGAUAUAGUAUUAGAUUUCGAUUCGCCGUAUUCUCCAGGAAGUAGCGAUUAUGAGGAUCUGUUCGAGCCUCCGAGCGAGAUCGUAACUAAGCCAAUGAUCAAAGGCAAGACAAAGUCACAUGCCUCCGCGUUUGACGCGUUGUUCGGUUCGCCUAGUUACAGCAAGAAGAAGAAGUACACCAAGAAAGCUAACCCAAAAACUAAAACUGUUGGAGUCAAAUUGGACGAAGAUUGUUUGAAGAUUCUUGACGACUUACCAAAUUCGGCCGUGGAGAUGCAAGUUAAGGAUAAGUUCCUUAAGAAAUUGAAUCGACAAGAAAGAGUGGUGGAUGAAGUUAAACUUGUGUUGAAACCUCACUACAACAAGAAGAGGAUAAAUAAAGAAGAAUACAAGGAUAUAAUGAGAAGAAGUGUACCUAAGAUAUGCCACAAUAGGUCCGGAGAAAUAAAUCCAACAAAAAUCAAGAACCUGAUAGAAGCUUAUGUUAGAAAAGUUAGACAUAGUAAGAAGGUCACUUCAUCCAGUUCAGUGAACCCUCAGAAGAUUUAGCUGCUUCUUUAAUUUCCUGUACAUAUUAUUAAAUUAUGUAUUGAAAAUUUUUAUUUAUGUAAUUUGUAGAAUACUAAUUUAUAUUAUUUCACUUUUGUGAUUAAUUGGACGUUUUACAGUGUUAAGAUGUAAGGUUUUUAGUAAAUAAAUCUAAAAUAGCA